AUGUACACCAACGUCGCCACCGCCCUCUCGGCCCUGCUGGCCUCGACCGCCUCCCUGGCCGCGGCCCAGGGCGUCGGCACCCAGCAGACCGAGACGCACCCCAAGAUCACCUGGCAGAAGUGCACCGGCAAGGGCAGCUGCCAGAACCAGAACGGCGAGAUCGUCAUCGACGCCAACUGGCGCUGGGUGCACGACAAGAACGGCUACACCAACUGCUACACCGACAACAAGUGGAACUCGACCAUCUGCUCCGACAACGCAAAGUGCGCCUCGAGCUGCGUCGUCGACGGCGCCGACUACCAGGCCACCUACGGCGCGUCGACCUCGGGCAACGCCCUGACGCUCAAGUUCGUCACCAAGGGCUCGUACGCGACCAACAUCGGGUCGCGCAUGUACCUCAUGGCCAGCGCGAGCAAGUAUGCCAUGUUCACGCUGCUGGGCAACGAGUUUGCCUUUGAUGUCGACCUGUCCAAGCUGCCGUGCGGCCUCAACGGCGCCGUGUACUUCGUCAGCAUGGACGAGGACGGCGGCAUGUCCAAGUACUCCACCAACAAGGCUGGCGCCAAGUACGGCACGGGCUACUGCGACUCGCAGUGCCCUCGCGACCUCAAGUUCAUCAACGGCAAGGCCAACGUCGAAGGCUGGAAGCCCUCGUCCAACGACCCCAACGCCGGCGUCGGCGGCAUGGGCUCCUGCUGCGCCGAGAUGGACAUCUGGGAGGCCAACUCGAUGUCCAUGGCCUACACGCCGCACCCGUGCCAGAACGCCGCGCAGCACAUGUGCUCGGGCGACGACUGCGGCGGCACCUACUCGGCCACGCGCUUCGCCGGCGACUGCGACCCGGACGGCUGCGACUUCAACCCGUACCGCAUGGGCGCGCACGACUUCUACGGCAAGGGCAAGACGGUCGACACGUCCAAGAAGUUCUCCAUCAUCACGCAGUUCCUCGCCUCGGGCGGCAGCCUGACCGAGAUCAAGCAGUUCUACGUCCAGGGCGGCAAGAAGAUCGAGCUGCCCUCGGCCAACUGGCCCGGCCUGACGGGCAACUCGCUGACCCCGGACUUUUGCAAGAAGCAGAAGGAGGUGUUUGGCGACAAGGACCGCUUCAGCGACAUGGGCGGCUUCGACAACAUGGGCAAGGCGCUGGCCAAGGGCAUGGUGCUUGUGCUCUCCCUCUGGGACGACCACUACGCCAACAUGCUCUGGCUCGACUCGACCUAUCCCACCGACGCCUCGCCCGAUGAGCCCGGCAAGGGCCGCGGUACGUGCGACACUAGCAGUGGUGCCCCCAAGGAUGUGGAGGGUAAUCAUGGCGAUUCUACCGUCAUCUACUCCAACAUCAAGACUGGUCCCAUCGACUCAACCUACAGUGCAUCAUAA